AUGGGUUGCUGCAUCAGCCAAGAAGAUAAGGAGGGCCGUAGCCGAAAUGAGGAUAUUGAGAACCAGCUUCGCCGUGACCGCAUGCAGAUGCGCAACGAAGUCAAGAUGUUGUUGCUCGGUGCCGGAGAGUCUGGCAAGUCAACCAUCCUCAAGCAGAUGAAGUUGAUCCACGAUGGAGGCUACUCCAAGGAAGAGCGGGAAGCCUUCAAGGAAAUCAUCUUUUCUAACACUGUCCAAAGUAUGCGCGUUAUCCUUGAGGCCAUGGAUAAGAUGGAGCUACCUCUCUACCACGAUGCCAACCGCAACUAUGCCAUUAUUGUCAUGAGCCUACCCCCUCAAAUUGAAGGCGAGUACAUGCCCCAUGAGGUUGCUGUUGCCGUUCAGAACCUUUGGGUUGACCCUAACGUCCAGCAGGCCUUCCAGCGCAGUCGCGAGUACCAGCUCAACGACUCUGCCAAAUACUAUUUCGAUUCUAUUGACCGGAUUGCCAAGUCAGACUACAUCCCUACAGACCAAGAUGUGCUCCGGUCUCGUGUCAAGACCACGGGUAUUACAGAAACGCGUUUUGUGAUUGGUGAUUUGACCUACAUGAUGUUCGAUGUGGGUGGUCAGCGAUCCGAGCGUAAGAAGUGGAUCCACUGCUUUGAGAAUGUCACAGCGAUUGUGUUCUUGGUGGCUAUCUCCGAAUACGACCAGCUGCUGUUUGAGGACGAGACGGUCAACCGUAUGCAAGAGGCCUUGACGCUCUUCGACUCUAUCUGCAACUCUCGGUGGUUCGUGAAAACGUCGAUCAUUCUCUUCCUCAACAAGAUCGAUCGCUUCAAGGAGAAGUUGCCCAUCUCGCCCAUGCGCAAGUACUUCCCCGACUUUGAAGGUGGAGACGACUACGAUCUGGCAUCACAGUACAUCCUCCAACGGUUCGUCAACCUGAACUUGUCCGACACCAAGCAGAUCUAUGCCCACUUUACAUGCGCGACCGACACUUCCCAGAUCAAGUUCGUCAUGGCCGCUGUCAGCGAUAUUAUCAUCCAGACCAACCUCCGCGACUGUGGUCUCCUGUAA